GACAUGAUUUUCCCAAUUAUUCUACGACUACUACUCAUUCAAACCAUGGACCUACUUCAUACGCAUAACAUUAAGAGCAGUUCAUUUUGGUUCCAGAGCCGCUGUUGUAAAGGACAUGGCUGAAACAACGGAUCAUAAGGGGAAGGGUAUUGAACUGCCUGUUGCAAUGGAUUCAGGUCGAGGCUCUGAAGACGGUAAACGGGUCUACUCAUGUCGCAGCGCCCUGUCUAAGAAACUCCUUCCUUUCCUCAUCAAUGAAGAGCUUACUGACAUCCACAUCAAGGUAGGCGGGAGGAAAUUCGCUGCUCAUCGAGUCGUGUUGGGUUCCUGGAGCGAUGAACUGGGAAACCUUCUUGAGACUGCUUCCUCUGAUAACAUCAUAGAGCUCGCUUCGAGUGCCACUGACAAGGAGAUCGAAGUCUUUGAGAUGGUCUUAAAGUUCCUCUACACAGGAGAGGUGAGUUUCUCAUCGACUAACGUGAGAAUGGUCAUGAGUCUGGCCAAACAACUAGGACUCAAGAAGUUGAGUGAGAUGGCCCAGGAGUGGGUAGGAGAAAUGAUCAAUCAAGGGAGCAUGGUCGGGGCCAUUACAUGGUUGAGGGAUGCGGCAGAAUGCGAAUACCUUUCUGUGAAGAACGAUUGCCUGCGUACACUCUCUCUGUAUUUCCAGUACAUCCCGGAGUCAUCAUGGUUAGGGCUUACCUUCGAAGAGCUUUGUAGUAUCCUAGACAGGGACGAUCUUGUUGCAGAUAACGAAUUAGAAAUAAUCGCACGAGUCGAUGACUGGCUAAAGGGCAAAGGCAGCAUAGAAGGCAAUAAGGAUCUUUAUCUAAAAAUAGUGCCUAAAAUAAGAUUUUCUUUCGUUCAAGUAUCCGAGCUUUCGAACAUCCAAGAGACGUCAGCUAUCGUGAAAUUCGCAUCUGAAUACUGCCCUGCGACAUUGUCCGAGUCAUACAAGUACAGAGCCCUUUCAUACGAAGCUGGAGUGCGCGGCCAGUACGACCCCAGGAGUAAUACUGACAAUCCUCGAGCGGGUUAUGAUUCCCUCAAGAAACCCGACCUUCAACCACGACUCUAUCUAAAUUUCAUGCCACCGGGUCUUACUACCCGCCAGUAUGGAAGAUCGCAGCGUCAAAAUGAAGGCUUUAGAGAAGUCAGCUUUGAUCAAUACAGAACAGAGAUGACGUGCGCGGUCAGAGACGAAACCGGAGCUUGGUCACUGGAUUCUGAAUCCCGUUACUUCAAGUUCGUGCUCAAAAUAGAAUCUACCAAGAUCGGAGACUCUGAAGCAUGGGCCGUAAAAUACGAAAUCGAUUCACUUGAUUCGCCACGAUCUGAUUCAACAUACCGAAUGGUUAUUGUGACAAGGCCUCAUGACAAAGACUCUGACUUCUACCUUCCCGAAAACCCCAUAGUAAUGACAAAGGAAGGCUCCUUGAACAAGUCAAGGACGCACAGUCCUUCUUCUACAUUCAGCGUUACCACUCCUCCUGUCUUUGCUGGUAGGAAGCCGAGAAGAGUAGAAGUUGCCGCUAUUGUAUACAUGAUAAGAUGAAGAGAGACUAGACACUGGGGUAGGCUACAUCCUGGAUAGUGCACAUCACCUUCGAUACGUAAUAUAUUUGCAAAUAAUCGUUAAUCCUGAGACUGAAGUUUUAAGGGGGUUAUCUUUAUUUC